GCAAAGUUUAAGGACACUCAACGUCAAGCAGUUACUAGAGGAGACGCGCAAGAAAAUCCCUAGGAAAAGUAAUCACGGGAAGUGAUGCCCCAUAACAAAGCGAAAGAGUUUCCAGCACAGCAAUGCGACUGACUCGUGUUCGGGACUCGCAAUAGCAUUGCACGAUCCAGUGGGAUUCCCGUCUGCGUUUGGACUGCGCCGUGCAAACAUGAAGCUGUCUGAAAUACCGAAAACAAUAUAAAACAAGCAAACAAAAAAACUGUCGCUGGUUGUUUAAGAUUUUUUUUAUUUAUCUGGGACACCCUCCCCCGAAAGUCGAAGUGAAAUUGUAACCGCAGUAUUAAGACAUGCAGAACUGUAACUACAGCCGGGCUGCAGCUGGCGUCCUUACCCGGGAAGGUGAACUCGAGCUCCGGCAAGGGUGCCCAGGUGGAGUCGGUGUUCCCAAAGGGAACGGAGCCAGCAAACCUGAAGCUGGCAUUCCGAAUCAGAAACACGGGCAGAGGAGAAUGCUGGUGUGUUUGGACGUGGCUUGCCUCGUCAUAGCGUCCCUCCCUUUCUUUGCGUGCGAGUUCGGCACCGUGCUCCCUUACAGACGAGGCUUCUUCUGCAACGACCCAAGCAUUUCAUACCCCUACCUGGAAUCGGAAUCCAUCAGCGACGGGGUGCUGGUAACCGCGGGCAUUGCAAUCACCGUGGUGUCGAUUUUGCUGGGAGAGUUCUACCGCGUGCGUUUCCUCAAGGUGGAGUCUCGAGCCUUUGUGUCAAACCUGUACGUAUCAACGCUCUACAAGGAGAUCGGCAGCUUCCUGUUUGGUUGCACCGUGGGCCAGUCUCUCACCAACAUGGCCAAGCUCUCGACUGGUCGACUGAGACCCAACUUCCUGUCUGUGUGUGAGCCUGACUACACCAGGCUCAACUGUUCUGCAGGUCUCUACAUUACAGAGGACCACUGCCAGGGAGCUCCUUCUCUCAUAAAGGAGGCAAGGAAAUCCUUCUACUCAGGCCAUGCUUCCUUUGCGAUGUACGCCAUGCUGUACUUAGUGUUCUACUUGCAGGCCCGGUUCACAUGGCGCGGCGCUCGUCUGCUGAGACCGCUGGUCCAGUUCCUGCUGUUGAUGCUGGCCCUGUACACUGGGCUGACCCGGAUCUCAGACUACAGGCACCACCCCUCUGACGUGCUGGUGGGAUACCUGCAGGGGGCGCUAGUCGCUUACUGGGUGGCUUUUCACAUUUCCUGCAUGUUCAAGACCAAGACUCCAGCAAUGAGUGGCCCUUCGGACAUCUUGGACAGCACUGUGUCCAGCAACCUCCACAGCAAGUGCUAGCAGACAGGAGAGCUUGGGGGGGGGGGGGAAGGGGGGGUCUACCUGCCACUAUGGGAGAUCGAGGGACAGGCUCCCCACACAGCAGCUCCAGUGCACAAGAAAACUUCUUUUACUCAAGCUGGAGUUUGGGAUUCACCUCAACAAGCUAUUGGUAAUCUACAUGGCCUUGCCAGUUGAUAGAUAGCCCAGAAUUCACAGCACAGCGCUUUGAAAUCAUUGCAUCUGUAAAUACCAGCAACCAAGGGUGCCCGAGGAUUUUAAACAGGGAGCAACGUGGGCACAGGUUGAAAGUGGCUGUGGUGUGCUUGCCUUCACACACACAUGGUGUUGAAUUACAGUAUUAAAACCCGGUGAAAAUGUAUUUUCUUUGGUUGUGCAGUUUAAGGUUUCGAAGAGGGUUUGAAUGCACGAACCUUACUCCUCCGAGUUCAAUCAGGUUUUCCACCAACCACCAUUUCGCCACCUUUUUGCGGGCCGUCCCAUGAAGAAAAUGAGGUGGAAACUGAACCGCUCCUUCACCCCCCCGCCCCCCCCAGUCCUGUAAACAAGACGUCCUGUCCCAUCUUCAUCCCUUAGUAAAGACUGGGAGCUGAAACAAAGCAAAGAAACUUUGAGUUUAACAAAUGUAUACACAUAUUUAAAUAUAUAGAGAUAUGCAAAUAUAUUUUUUA